AUAUCCACCAAUAGAGCAGAAAAGGAAGAAGAAGAAGAGCACGAAGAAGAGCACGACAACAACAAUUCUCGAAAUCUCGAAAAUGUCUGAGUACGCCACGGCCCAGAAGAGUACCCUGAAAUUAAAAGGUAUAGGGGACAUUUCCGCUGGGAAAAAGAAGAAGAAGAAGGCUAAAGAGAGUAAGCAUCGACUGGAGCAGGUUGUGACCAAUCAAGAAGAUGAAGAGGAGAAAACCACGAAAGCAUACGUUGACAAAAGGACACCUGCACAAGUUGCUUUUGACAAGAUGCAAGAAAAAAGGCAAAUGGAGAGGAUUUUGAACAAAGCAUCAAAGACGCACAAACUCCGAGUAGAGGAUUUUAAUCGUCAUCUGGACAACCUGACAGAACAUUAUGAUAUUCCCAAGGUCAGCUGGACCAAAUAAGGGGAGAAGCAAAUGUUCAUUUUUUUUCAUCAUGUUAUUUUAAAGUGUGGAAUUUUCUCUUCAUAUAUUAACCAUCAAAAUGGGCAUAGAUUCAUUUUUUUUUGUUAAGUUUUUAUGUAUGCAAUAAAAGAUUUUCGUUAAGACAUGUCAGGAUGUGUUUUUUCUUACAUAAUUAUUCCUCAUAUUUCAACGAACACAUCAGCUGAUAUUGACAAUAAUGAUAAAAGUACGAGUUAAGAUGACUAAUAAUGAGGAAAACAUUGUCAUUUCAUAUAAUUCAUCUUUUAAUUGCACAAAUAAUCUGCAAAAAUGGCACACAUACUGUAAGAAAAUAAAAAGUACAGUCAUGCAUGUUGAACCAUUUGGGAGAGCAGAGUGUGAACAUCUGAAAGUACCAACUCAUUAUGACAAGUAUUUAAGACUAUUCCAGAAUAAAGUCAGUGAACAAAUA